AUGGGAGGGUUGAAAAAAUAUGUCAUGUUGGUAGUUUUUUUUGUGCAGAAAUCCUAGAAGCUGGGUGCAGCGCACGUUGGAAGAAGAGGAAUGAAGUUAGGAACUUUUGAGAAUUAAUUGCAGUUUUGGAAGUUUUUCCCAUUUUUUAAACCUGCCUGAAUCAGCAAAAUGCCCGCUCCGGUUCCAGAACUGUGGAACUACAUCCCAGAAGAAAUCCUCAUCCAAAUUUUCUAUUACCUUUCUCUUCGAGAUAGAUACGCGGUCUUCCAGGUGUGCAGGCAGUGGGCUACAGCUGUUUCUUCUAGCUCUGUCUGGCAUUUCACAGAGAUCAGCUGUGAUUCGGAGGAUGAGGAAGGCAUGCUGCAGAGCCUGCUCCAGUUCCUCAGCCAAAUCAAACACCUGAAGAUUGCGUUUGACCAGUCCAAGGAGGCCAACCGGAAGAAUGUGACACGCAUCUUGGAUGUGUUGGCAAAACAGAACCACAAACUGCAGCAGCUGUGCAUUGUGUGCCACGGGGAGAACCCCUAUUUCUACUCUGGCCAGGACAUCCUACAGAGCAUACGGAAUAUAUGCAACACUGAGAACCAGAUAGAUCUUCAGCACAUUGAUUUUCGACAAAUGCCCUUCACUCUCGAUGAUGAGCUUGUUGAACUCGUAGCUACCACCAACCCAAACCUGCACAGUUUGUUCAUCAACAACCGCACCCUGGUAUGCAACGUGGCACCAGACACCAUUAGGAAAGUUCUCAGAGCAUGUCCCAAACUCUCAGCCUUGGGGGUUUACUAUGCCAGUUUGUCUGACGAUGUAUUUCAGGAACUGCUCAAGCCCGACAGAGCAGCUUUCACCCAUUUAGACAUUUUCUGUGAGCGCCUGGACAAAUAUAUACCAGUCAUCUCAGAAGAGCUCUGGGCUGCUGUAAGUCAAAAGCAUCCUCAACUCUGUGUAGACCUCGAGUUUGAUCACACGGUCCCUGCCUGCAAAAUACCACGGAUCCUGAAGCUGAAUAUACCCGUGAGCACGCUGCAACUUAAUACCUAUAAUUACAUGGUAAAUCAGAUUAGGUUUGUCACCCAGAGCUACAGCAGUACUUUAAAGAAGCUGACGCUGCAAACCACGUCCUCGGAGGACUUAAAUUCCUCACUAGUAGAUCUGGCUAGGCAGUGCAGAAAUCUGUUGGAGAUCCACUGCUACUGUGUGGUCAGCCAGGAGGUGGUGGAAGCGUUCCUCACGCACUGCCCCAGCCUGAAACAAUACACUCUGAAGGUCACCAAGGAACGGCACCCCUGGAAACCAGUAACUGCUCAGUGACCGGCUCCUGCUGACUUCCCGGGGAAAUGGUAGGGAUCUGCAAGAGGACGGGGAAAGAAGAUUUAGGGCUACAAGGAAAACGCUGCAAAAUGCCCUCUGCGCUCGCUGAGAACAUGCUGUUUCACCAGCCCUGGCUGUUACAUAUGAUGCACACCUGCUGUGCAGACCAAGCAUUUACACUCAAAUGGGACAGAGAAAGGGUUAUACAGAGAAAGAAAUUAGCCUUUUUUUUUUUUUCUUUCUCUCUUUCUUGGGUUACGGAGGGCAGGUCUCUUCUCCUCUGCUUCUUUAUUUAGCAGUAGCAGGAAUGCCAAGUUUACCCUUUGUGGGUUUUUACUGAGGGUGUCAGCAAAAUUUAAUUUUGAUUUUACAUUUUAAAAGCACGUCAAAGUCAAGCACACUGUGUCAGGCGCCCAGCAACUACUUAAAUAGUUAAGGAGGUGGCAGCUUCAGUGCAGCCAUUUUCUGCCCAGCCAUUUUCUAACCUUGGUAAUUCCUCUUUUGGCAUUCCAGUGAUGGUGAGCUCGCCCGUCAUGCAGUUGUCAGGUAGCUUCCAGCUUGGAGGGAUGUAACAGGAGCUGAAUUAUGUUAGGAAAUACAAGCAGGAGAAAAAGCACUUAAGGAAAAACAUCGACAAGGUACUAAUAAAAGGCACGUGGCCCGCAAAUUCCCUUGUCCACCUUGUCUUUCUGCUGUUCCGGAAUGCAGAUUUCCAGGUUAUAAUUGGAAUGCCUUUUGCAGAGACCUUUGCUUUCAUUACGUUGUUAGUGUUUCUUAGGAGAAUCAAGAGUGUUAACAGUUUCUGCAUCUGAUCUCUGCAUUCACAUGCAAGUUAUCUUGCAUCUGGAUUAGGAUACGUGCGUGUCAGUCUGUCGUACCAAAGAUUUUGAAGAAUGUUACCUGAAGAGCAGUUUCUGAGUUGAAAUGAUUCUGGCAUAAAGUUACACUGAGAGCACCUAUUUAGAACUAUCUUCUGCAUUUAUUAUAAUAAUAAUAAUAAUAAAGCAUAUUGUCAUC